UAAAUCGUGCGUGUUUUGCACGAGGGUUUGUUUUCUUCCAUUACUCCUCGAUUUUCGCCGUUUUCCACAGUCUCCCUGCCACAACUCCGUCACAAUGGGGCGGAAAACCAAAUUAGGAAAGACUCGGAAGGAUAAAUUCUACAAACUCGCAAAGGAAACAGGAUAUCGUUCUCGGGCUGCCUUCAAGUUGAUCCAGCUGAACAGGAAGUUCGGCUUCCUGCAGGAGUCGCAGGUGUGCGUGGAUCUGUGCGCUGCGCCCGGAGGAUGGAUGCAAGUGGCGAAGCAGAACAUGCCGAUCUCCAGUAUCGUCAUCGGCGUGGAUCUCUUCCCCAUCAAGCCCGUGGGCGGCUGCAUAGGACUCGUGGGCGACAUCACGACGGACACCACGAAGGCGGCGCUGGCUAAGGAGUUGGGCACGUGGAAAGUGGACGUUGUGCUGCACGACGGAGCGCCAAAUGUGGGCAAGAACUGGCUUCACGACGCCUUCCAGCAAAUCACGCUGACCCUGAGUGCCCUGAAGCUCGCCACGCACUUCCUGAGACCUGGCGGAUGGUUCGUGACGAAGGUGUUCCGCUCCAAGGACUACAAUGCGCUGCUGUGGGUGCUGAAGCAGCUCUUCCGCAAGGUGCACGCCACGAAGCCCUCGGCGUCGAGGAAGGAAUCCGCGGAGAUCUUCGUCGUGUGUCAGUACUACGUGGCGCCGGACAAGAUCGAUCCUCGACUGCUGGACGCGAAAUACGUGUUCGAGGAGCUGGAUUUGGAGACGAAGAAGAGCAGCGUCUUGCAUCCGGACAAGCAGAAGAGGAUCAAGGCGGAGGGUUACACGGAGAAGGACUUCAGUCUGCGCCACGAGUUGCCCGUGUCCAAGUUCAUUGAGCACGCGAAUGGGAUUGUGGCUCUGCAGGGCGUCGGAGAGAUUGUGUUCGACGACGAGGAGAUCGCCAAUCACCCGAGGACCACCGAGGAGAUCCGCGAGUGCUGCAAGGACAUCAAGGUGCUGGGCCGGAAGGAUUUGAAGGCGUUGAUUGCGUGGUGGAAAGCCUUACACAAAGAGUGGGAGGAGAACAAGAAGCCCAAGGUUGAGGAUGAGAUGCCAGAGGAGGCGCCGAAGAAGACGCAGGAUGAGCAGGAAGAUGAGGAGCUGGACGAGCUGGAGGCGCACGUGGCGGAAGUGGCUCUGGAGGAGGCGAAGGAAGCGAAGAGGCGCAAGAAGAAGGCCAACAAACUGCGGGCGCGCCUCAAUGAGAAGAUGAACCUGAAGAUGGUGCUGAAAGGCGACGAAGGACCGCGCGAAGAGGCUGACGAUGAAGUGUUCAGCCUGCAGAAUAUCAACUCGGCCAAGCGCCUCGAGCAGCUGGAUGAUCAGACACCCGACGUCCUGGCGGAUUCUGACAACGAGGCGGACUCUGAAUUCCGCCCGAAGUUCGUGAGAUUUUCCAAAGAUGCGAUUUACGAUGACGAGGGAAACGUGGAAGAGGGCAAAGUGUCUGACUUUGAGCUCUCGUCGACGGAUUCGGACUCAGAUCUAGAGCAGGAGGGCCUGGGAUUGCCAGGAGAUGAGGAGGAGUCGGGAAACGAGGACGUCGCCAAGGCGAAAGAGGUCCGAGCGAAGCUCAGAGCGACGAAUCCUCUUCUCAUGGACCUCGAUUCACGCGACAAAGACACCAAGCGGACCCAGAGAGUCCAGUUUUGGUUCGAAAAGGACACACUGAAGGGACUGGAGGACGAGGAAGAAGAUCAGGAGUUCGAUCUGGAUCGUAUCGCGGCGGAAUUCAAGAAGAAGGGCGUGAAGAUUCUGGGAAAGGCGGAAGAGCAGGAAUUGCCGCUGGGCAAGAAGGCCAAGAGGAAGGCGAGGCAUCAGGCAGACAAAUCAGAGUCAGACACCACGGAUUCAGAGGACGAGGAUCACGAUUCAGGCGCGGCUGUGAAGCACGAAGUGGUGCAAAACGUGGGCGGAAAGGCGGGCUUCGACGUAGUGGCACGCCAGCCGACGAAGAAGAUCCGCCUGAGUGAGGAGGAGCUGGCACUGGGCUCUCUGCUGGCCAGCGGUCGGCGGAAGCGUCGGGAUCUCGUGGACGCGGCGUGGAAUCGCUACACUUUCAAUGACGACGACUUGCCGGACUGGUUUGCGCGCGACGAGGCGCUGCACAUGCGGAAGGAGGCGCCGGUGCCUCGCGAGUUGGUCAGUGAGUACCAUCGGCGCAUGGAGGAGAUAAAUGUGCGCCCCAUCAAGAAGGUGAUGGAAGCGAAGGCACGCAAGAAGAAGCGGGCGCUGAAGAGAUUGACGAAGGCGAAGAAGCGCGCCGAGGCGGUGCUGGACAAUCCCGACGCGAGCUCACAAGAGAAGAUCAGACAGAUCCGGAAGCUGUACAAGAAGGCGGAGGACAAGAAGAAGGACGUGACGUAUGUGGUGAGCAGGAAAGCCUUCGCUGGCAAGAAGCCCAGACGCCCGGCGGGCGUGAAGGGGCGCUACAGGAUUGUGGAUCCUCGCCAGAAGAAGGACAAGAGGGCGAUGGCAGCGAAGGAGAAGCGCAGUGGGAAGAGGAAAUAGAAUGUCUAAUAGGGAUUACUGAUCAAUAAAUACUAUAUCG